CUGAACGGCACCAACGCGAAGACGGAGAGGGGAGCCGCUGGCGUGUUACCGCAAGCUCGCACUCCAGUAUCAUCCACCUAAAUGGAACGCACGACUCACACAUAGGAGCUCUUCUACGUUUGCUUAGACCAUGAGCGAUGAGUCACCUCUACUAAAGAGUCUAACCAAAAACUCCACUGAGGUGCCCGUGGUGGCUGGUGGCAGGGACAGCUAUGCGCUGCUGCUGGUGCUGCUGUGUGUGUUCGCCGGCGGGACCGUCCUGCUGCUCACCAUCCUGCUCAUCUUCUGCCACCGCUGCUGCCCCGGGGGGCGACGCUACUCCAGGGCCAGUGAUGACCUAGAGAAGACCAACACCACCUUGGUGGAGGAGACUCAGCCCAGCCAAGAUAUCACCAUCAGGCUGGACGGCGUGGACGGGCUGUCGGCCGCGGGUUGCCAUGGCGACAUGGAGGCGGAGGGCUUCCUGUCGGCGGUGUCCACUGGGCGGCGCGUCUCCUUUAAUGAGCAGGCCAUCUACGAGCAGAGCAAGAAGAGCCAGGAGAAAGGACGCCGGUAUACUCUGACGGAGGGGGAUUUCCAUCACCUGAAGCGCGCUCGUCUCACUCACCUCCAUAUCCCUCCACCCGCCCUCAACAUCCUCACCAUCAUGGAGUCCUCAGAGACCAGCAUCCAGCAGCCCAUAGAGGAGGGCCUAAGCUGGUCUCCUCAGAGCCCUAGUGGUGGUCUCCCUGGCGACACUCUCAACUCUGUACUGGACACCAGCUUCUCUGAGAGCCUCCCCAGCCUACCAGCGGAGCCAGUGGGGGAGAGAGGGUGGACCAUGGGAGGCCCACGGGCCGACACGGACCCGGAGGUUACCAGGUCGUCGUCGGGGGCGACGGUCACCACGGGGCAGGGUUUCACUAAGAUGUUCCUGACCAAGCUGCGGAGGCACACCAGUCUGGAGGGGGCCAGUCCCUACCUGCGCAUGAAGAGAUGGAGACUGGAGCGCAACCAGCGGGCAGCCAGCCUGGACAUGAGAGGGUCUCCUAAGCGCAGGGCGUUCCAGAGGCAGCGUGCAGCCAGUGAGACUCUGGAUCAGGAGGAGGCGGAGUCUCCUGCUGUGGGCGGGGACUUUGUGUGCUCCCUGGCCCCGCCUCUGCUCCCAGACCCUGCCUCCUGUCCCAGACGCCUCUCUGCUGGAUCCCUCCCGUCCCCGACGCUCGGCAGGCUAGAGGUGGUGGCAGUGAUGGAGCUCAGCUCAGGGGCAGAGCCUGAGUUGACCUAUGACCUCCCCAUGACCCUGACUGUGAGGUCACACGCUGUGGGGGAGGAGAACGGGCUGGACGCGGGACACGAGGACGAGGAGCUGGAGGACGAAGAGGAGGAGGAGGAGGAAGAUGAGGAGGAAGAAGGAGGGGCGGUGGGCGCUUCUGGAGGAGGUGCAGUAGGAGGUGGGGGAGCAGGCGGGCUCCGUGGCUGGGGGGGGCCGGGGGGGCUCCUGCGUCGGAGGACCGAGGGGGCUGCGGACGGAGGAGGUGACGCUGCGGAACCGACGCCAUACCGUGACAUCUGGAGUCUCCGCGCCUCCCUGGAGCAGUACGCCUCCUCCGACCUCAGCUCCAACGACCGCGACUCCACACGCAGCGACGCCGACAGCCUCUCGUCACUAGGGGGCGUCGGAAAGGCAGGAGGAGGCGCAGCAGCGUUGGGAGCAGGAACAGGGUCGGGGAGCGCAGCGGCCGCCAUGAUGUUCCAGUCGCAGGACAUCGACGAGGAACUCCCGUACGACGAGCCUUCAGCCGUGACGGAGCUCAGGGAGGAGGAGGAGGAGGAGGAAGAGGAUGAAGAGGAGGAGGAAGAGGAGCGGCGCAGAGAGAGGAGGCGGCGAGGAGGACGAGGAGGAGGAGGAGGCACGGGGGACAGCGUGGACAGUGACGGGGAGGCGGGCGGCAGGAAGCUGCUGCAGAUGGACAGCGGCUACGCCUCCAUGGACGCUCCGCCCCUCUCGGGUGGAGGAGGAGGAGGAGGAGGGAAGACGGCGUCCGAGAGGAGGCGCUACUUCACCUGCGCCGGGCGGAAGGGCACGGUGUGCGAGAGCUUCGAGGCGCGGCUCCUGCAGGAGGAACCCGACGAGACGGAGCUGGAGCUGGAGUCCGAGGAGAACCGCGGCCAGACGGAACCCGAGAAGCUCUCGCUGGCGCCGGCCGCGCCCGCGGCGGUCAUCCCCAAAGAGCCGCGCACGCUGCCCACCGUCAAGUCCCCGCUGGCGCAGAAGCCCUGGCAACACCGCCGGCGCGACUACAGCAUCGACGAGCGCACCGAGGCGCUCUUCAACGAGUUCCUGCGGCACGACCCGCGCCUGGACCCGCGCCCGCACCACCACCACCACCACCCGCGCUCCGCCCGCUCCUCCCGCCUGCACCUCCGCGCCCAGUGGCAGCGCGCCAAGCAGCACAGCGACCCCGGAGGAUCCGCCGCCGCCGCCACCGCCCGCCUCUCGCCCUCCCUGGAGCGCCUCCGCUGGGGCCCGCUGAGGAGGGGCGAGAGCGCCGGAUACCCGCUGGACGCCUCCACGCCCGCCGCCACCGCCCGCUACCAGCUCCAACACCACCACCACCACCACCACCACCUGCACGGGCCCCUGCCGCGCAUCGCCAGCGCGGCCGACGAGGAGAACAGCGAGGGGGCGGAGGAGGGCGCGGAGGAGCCCAAAACCGCCUCGGGGAGCGUGGACGAGCAGGAGAUGCUGGAGCUGGAGGAGGAGCAGAAGCAGGCGGAGCAUUGUGGGACCCUGGAGGACCCUGGGUUGCUGGCAGCCGACAAGAUAGCUGCCAACCUGGAGGAGAGGCUGUACGGUGGCCUGCGACGGACACACUGUGUCCAGGAGCAGAUGGUGGUGGUCGCCUGCACAUCUCCAGAUGACACGGCCGAGUAG